UGAAAACCACAUAAAUGUAGAUAUGUAAGAGUGCACUGAAAACACGUGCUGCUACAUUGCUAGUAUAGUUUUCCAUACUGCAAAGGCAGACCCAAUUUUGUUUCACAAGCAGUUAUUGCCUGGCACGCCUCAGUUUAGCUCCAUUGUUUUUGAUUAGCAGUACAAUUGGUAUGUGUGUGUUUCACAAAAACGAAAAGAAGAACAGUGCAAUUCAAUUUAGAACAAAAUACAUAUAUUUGUAUUAAAUAAAUAAAUAAAUAAAUAAAUAAAUAAACAACCAAUUGGGAACGAGAUGGAUUUAUCUGACGAUCUACCUGAACCAGCACAGCGUACUGCAGCAGUCACCGGCCCUGAGCUCGGCUCCAAAGAUGGAGGCAAGACUCAGGCACAGGGAGAGAAUGGAGCUGAAGAGCAAGAGCUGGUGGAAAAGAAAGAGCCCCCAGGGUCAAGUGUUUUGUGGCAGCUAGGAAGGGGGAGCGGGAGGGUAUGCAGGAUGCACACGUUCUCCUCAACAACUUUUCUGCGGAGGUCUCUCCACUGCCAACCAGGGUGUGAUGUGAGCAACUUUGAAAAAAUGGUGAAAAAGUCUCUCCUGGACUCCUUCGAACAAACUGAUGAAGAUUUUCUGAAACACGCAUCAAGCCAGAAACCUGCAUGGAAGGACGGUUCCACGACGACCUGUGUGCUGGUGGUGGAUGACGUGCUGUUUAUCGCAAACCUGGGAGACAGCAGGGCAGUGCUGUGCCAGGCCGAUGGGGAGGGCAGUAAGAAGAUGAGCGCAAGGAGCACAACCCCACUCAGUAAGAGGAGAGGAUGAGGGUACAGAGGGCGGGGGGGCACCGUUGGGUAACCCAUCUGCUGGAGAUGCAAAUAUUCAGCUUGUAGAUUCUCUUUCCCGACCUGUGAGGGCGCUGUGUAAAGGGAACAGAGUGCCCUGGACUGGAUGACCAGACAAUUCAUUCCCAGGGUUAGAAGGAAGUCGGACCUCUAGAAAGGGGGCGGAGCUACGAUACACUAAAUCAGGAGUACUCAAUAGGCGGACCGCGGUCCGAAUCUGGACCACAAGUACAUUUUGACCGGAUUGCCAAGUCAUAUGCCAAUCUAUGUUUUACUUGCAUUCACAUUGGAAAUGCUGUGAAUUUUUCAGACAACACAGUUCUUAUGAGAGGGUGGUGUGCGAGGGUACAGCAGGUGUCGCUGUGAUAGUAAGUAGCAGAUACUCAGAGCGAGCUAUUAAUAAAACAAAAUGUACAAGUCAACAGUAUUAGCAGCUCAAAUUAAGUGAAACUGAGUGUGUUGGCUGCUGUGGCGUCAACAUAUCCCUUCUCUAUGGCUAAUAAAACAACCGUCAUUAGUAAAUUUCUUUGAAAGUACACAAGAAAGAUACCAUUUUCAUACCUUAUGGUCCGAGUUCAGAAAAUCACACUUACACCAAGAAAACACUGACAAGUACCAGUGCUACAAAGCCCAUUUUUGUUAAAUAGCUUUUCCAAGCUGAUUAAAAAAUAUUACCGGUAACACUUACAAUAUAAUGCUCUUUUUAAAAAUGCAUACGAUUGACCUAUUUCCAAUGAGAAAAUGGGCGAAUUUGUGUCUCUUCGUUCACAUAAAGUCAGAAAAAAACAACAUAUGAAUCCAAAUUAACGUGUAUUUAUACUAAAGUAAUACAAAAAUGACUACAAAAGAUUUAGAAGUGAGUAGUUUUUCGAGAUUUACGAUUAUACUGUAAAUCACUUUCACAAAUCAGCCCCCAAAUGUAGUCUCCCAUCAUGUUCUCGUUAUACUGUCCUUGGUAGCUGCGUUCAAAGUCCAGUAUAUCCUGGUGGAAGAGCUCGCCUUGCUCCUCCGAGUAAGCUCCCAUGUUCUCCUUGAAUUUAUCAAGAUGAGCAUCAAGGAUAUGGACUUUGAGGGACAUCCUAUAGCCCAUCCUGCGCCUUGGUGUCCCUGCUGUCGCAAAGGCAAAGAUAGCAGGGAAACUUGGUAAAACCGCCUUGGAGACCCAUCAGGAAUGCCACCAUUUUGAAGUCUCCUAUGACCUCCCAGCUGUACUCAUCAUACUUCAAGGCGUCCAGCAAGGCCUUGAUGCUGUUGUAACCCUCUUUGAGGUGCACCGAGUGAGCCAGGGGAAGAGACGGGUACUUGUUACCAUUAUGGAGCAGCACGGCUUUGAGGCUCCUGGAUGAGCUGUCAAUGAAGAGGCGCCACUCAUUCUGGUUACAGGCGAUUCCGAUUGCCUCGAACAGACUGGUCACAUUGUGGCAGAAGCAGAGCCCAUCUUGCUGGGUGAAGAAGCUGGAAAAAGGUUGGUGACGCUUCCUCUGAUCUGCGACUUGCACACUUUCAUCCAACAACUUCCACUGCUUGAGUCUAGACGUCAAAAGCUCGGCAUUGGACUUGGUGAGACCAAGAUCUCUAAUCAAGUCGUUGAGGUCUUUUUGGUUGGAGUAGUAUGGGUUUCUCUCCUCAGCUCCACCUCUGAAAUUGUCAUCUGGAUCUACAACGUCUUCCUCGCUCUCUGACUUGCUGCUCUCUUCUAAAGACGACUGCUCUCUCUCCGGAGGAGUGGGUACGGGGAGCUCAUGGCAGUGUGGCACCGGGGCGAUGGAUGAAGGAAGGUCCGGAUACGUGAUAGCAGGUGCAUUCUUGCCAGUCCGACGUUUGGAAGGGUCCACCAUGCAGAAGUAGCAGUUGCUUGAGUGGUCAGUGGGUUCCCGCCAAAUUCUUGGGAUAGCGAACUUCAUGGCGCUCUUUUCCCCUCUGUACCAUCCUACAAAAAUACAUUUUUCACCCAUGACUAAUGUGUAAGAGAUUCUCGCAACAUUUUUCAUGUAUGAUAUAUUUUUUCAAUAACAUUGAAAAUUGUAAAACAUUUUAAAAUUAAAAACUUUUACAAUUUUAAAAAUGUUAACAAAUUUUAUAACAUAAUAUUCCGAGCAACAAUUGUCCAUCUUACCUUCCAGAGUUUUUUUGCAGUGCUUGCAGGUGAAAUGAGGUGCCCAGGGUUUGUCUUGAUCCCCGACAGGCAUGCCGAAAUAUGCCUUGUAGGCCUCACACAUCUUAGCAGAUGCUUCCAUGGAGUACUUUUUCGCUCUUGUCUUAAUAAAUAGGUAAAUUUCAAAAUAUCACUGUCCUGGUUACAAAAGCAAAGUUUGUGGGGAAUAAUAGCCAUUUUCUAUACUUUUGAGGCAUAAGCAAUUAGGAAAUAACACUUACUACCCAGGAACCAAAAAAAAAAUUAAAAAAAAUUGUUACACGGUGUUAUCGAUAACCAUAAACCUGUCAAUGUAUGCUUUCAGUUCAGAUCUAGUAUAACACCUUAUGCAUGAUAUCUGUUGAUUUAGAAAAAUAAGCUUGUUGAAGAAACUAAAUAUAAGAAAUGAAGAUGGAUCUUAAUUAAACUCAGCAUACUUGUUGCGAUUGAGAUGAACUAGGGAAUGAACUCGGUUGCACUUGUAUACAUUUAAGCCACUAGAAGGUCAUAGAUUUGCAAACGUUCAAAGUAAUCCCAAAACGGCAAGUCUGAAUUAUAAUAAAAAAAUAAAAAAAUAGGAAGUCCAGCAUGACUGAGUUUUCCAGGAAUUAGUCCCUCCUGGAGGCUUGGGUUUAAAUCCCAAAGAAAUGGAACUGACCAAAAAAUCUUUUCCAUGUAUAAAAACAGCCAGGCUAGAAGUAUCUGUCAUGGUUUGGAAUUGUUUUUGGUUUAACUCUGAAUUUUUGUAAUGCUUUUUUUGGGGUUUUUUUUUUCAAAUGAUGCUUUCUCGGCAGGCAGUGAAUGUCAGAUCUUUCUUCUAAAUCUUUCUCAUUAAUUUCCCAUUUCUAAAGCAUCCUGACUUAAUGAAGUAUUGGACUCGCAUUCGGUACACAGCUGUAUUCUAUGAUUCUGUAGGUCAAUUACAAUUACAGCCAUUUGUUGUAACCUCCAUAUCUCAAAUAUUUAAUGAUCUAUCCAUACCCCAUACUAAUUGUCUAUUCUAUCAGAGGUGUCAUUCUCCUUCCAUUAAGCCCCUAGGUAUAUUUUUGUUUUGCUCACAAUAUAAUAUAAUGAAUAUAACUUCAGGUUCAUAUUCAUAGCUCCUCUUGAAACAUUUCAGUAGCUGCAUUUUUAAACAGUAACCCUGAGACGGCGUGUCCCGCCCCUAUGUAUGUAUUUAUUAUUAUUUGUAUUUGUUUGCGGCGCGGAUAAAAGCGCCGCGUCUUUUGUUAUUGUAUUUAUAAUUUAAAAACCUGUGAGGAUGCGUGGCUGAUCAGCUACUGAUUAUUUAACUACCUGACAGUCACGCAUCCUUACCAAAUGCGUGCAGACUGUGGCCGAGGGGUAAUAAGAUAAUUAACAGCUAGUUAACCCCUCGGCCAGAGUAUAAGAACCUGCAGCUGUCCGUGCUGCAGGGUUGGGUGUACAGAGAGGAGAUAUGGGGAGAUAGAGAGGAGACAGAAUUUAAAAUAACAAUUGCUAAAAUGUGCUGGAUUAGCCCGACACUUACUUGUUUGUCUGUCUGGUUUGUUUGGCCCUUGUGCCUUUUUGUUUUGUGUUUUGUUGUUUGUUUAAAUCUUUUGUUUUGUUUAUUUGAUUUAUUAAAUACGCUGACCGCCGUUGCGUUCAGCUUCACCUGCCCAUCCAUUGUUUUGGUUCAGUUACUUCCUGGUCCGUGACGUCACCACACCUCACCACUGCAAGCCAUCCUGCCACACUCCUUAAUGUGACGACAGUCCUGUGGUUAGCAAAGGUGAUGAAGGCUGUGCGAAAUUCUGUGUUUAUAAGAACACUUUGUUAUCCUGCAAUAGUUUCCUGCUAAGUUCACAUCAUCUUUGUCGGGUGUCGCCUUACCAAGAAAACUAUUGAAAACACAGUUAUCUGACUUCAUCUUGGGGUGUGGCAUCUGAGAAGGAGAGAGAGAUAGCGAGCAAUAAGACCUGAUAUAAUACAUUUUAAAUACAUUUAGUCUAAUAUAAAACUAGUUUGAUUUUAACAGGGCACAAAUUCAAUAAUGAUUAAGAAAUGUGUUUCUGCAUACAGAGCUAUAAAUUAAACAGCCUUGGAGUGUGGGGCUGUGCUGUCUUGCCUGUGACUCUGAGGCUGUGCAAGUGUCUCUAGUCAAAUCUCUCCUGGGGCAAAUUCAACAAACACCAAAUAACAUGAUUGUGAACCAAGACAAGUGGAGAGGGAGGUGGAAGGAAAGCAGAGGCUAAGCACAGGGUAGGUAGGAGAUGUGUGAAUGAAGACAGGAGAGAUUGAAAUGUGUAGAUGGGCUCUGGGGUUGCAAUAACAAUGUGAUGGUCUGCUAUACUGGUAUCUCUUGAAGUGUUACACCCUGCAAUGUUAUAAAGAAACGUUACGUUACUACGACAGGAUGGCUUGUGAUGUCAGACCAGGAAGGAAAUCACAGCAGUACUGUGGUAUGGAAGCGCUGAUGCGCGAGUUUAUUGAAAAUAAAAGAUUUAAACACAAAACACUGAACAAAACAAAAGGCCUGAUGGACAAAACACAGCGAACACUAAACACACAAGUAUCGUGCUGAGCAAUGUCAGCAUGAGUAGCAAUUAAUUGCUUUAGCUUUAGAAUGAUCUUACUCUCCUCUCUCCUGUUCUUUCGCCCUGAACACACCAACCUCGAUUGACAGAUGUGUGCCUCUUUUGUGCAGCUGUGCCUGGCUCGAUUGCUUGUUAAAUUAUUGAAUUUGAGCAGGCACAGUCUGCACGUUAACUAAUUGUGCACUCCCCGUGCCCCCAUACAAAUACCCAUAUUAAUCUGCACAUGAAGUGAUUGUGCAAUCCCUGUACCGAAGUACAAAUAGACAUUUUAAAUCACCUGUGCUACAUAACCCACUCUCCGUGCACCACUACACACAGACAUAUAAACAUAAAAUACGCACAGGGGCAGGGCACCCCUCCACAGUUACCUUUGCUGUGUCUCAUGUUCGUAUCACAUAGUUAUAUAUUUUUUAAACGUAUCAUGCUCCCUCCUGCAACACUGCUGGUUUUCAGUUCCCAAAAUACGCCAGUAAUUUCAAUCCUGCAUUAUUGCAGAAGGGAGUAUGAUCUGGAUACACUGCGAUGUUUAGAUGAACAAAUCUCUCCUGGCAAACAUUCUCUUGUACAAGUUGAAAACAGUAGUAGAAUUACCCAUGAUGUGUGAACAAAAAUAUCAGGACAGUCAGGAUUAUGCUGAAAAAUAUAUUGCAGAGAUGCAGACAACACAGGAUACAGCUAAGGUGAAGUAAUGGGUUUCCUGUAAGCACUGCAAAGGGUUCUGUAGCACUUCUGUACCACUUCAAGUGGUUCUUUACCCAACCCUUAAAACAGAAUAUCGGCUCUCUGUAGUCACAAUAAGGAAUACAAUUAAUUCACUCAUAUGCCAAUGUGAGAGGAGGAGAAAGCAGGUAAAGAGGGAGUGUGAAAGCACACUAAUUUACUAAGUGAAUCUGCCAACACCCUUCAAGGUCUUGGAUAUAAACCUAUUUUUUUAUUUAGAAAAAAGCACAGUUUAUGUUCAGCUGAAGGGGUGCGUGGAGCGCAAUAAACAGCAAACACAGUGGAAAAUAAUAGCUGUCAGUGAUAGAAUGUUGUAGCAGAGCAGGGCUCUGCCCUUAGAAAUACUGGCAGGGAUGGAGUUAAAUUCUCCUCCCUGCCCAGGUUGAUUGCUUCAGGUGGGAGCAAUCCACCAAUUAAUUAUUCAAUUAAGGUAUCAGCCAUCUGGCAUAAAAGGAGGCCUCAGCCUUCCAUUUAGGGAGGAGAGUUCUAGAAGGAGGAAGCGACUGUGGUUUUCUGUGUGUGCCGUGGGUUUUCGUUUUUGCAAUCCAGUGAAGGCAACGCCCAGCCUGGAAGCUUUAUUCUUUUGUAAGUUUCAUUUUGUUUGUAUUUUGUGUUUUGAACCUUUUUGU